AACGCCAUGGUGGCCGCAUAUGCCCUGAAUGGCAAUGUGAUUGGCUGCCGGCGUUUGUUCGACGCGAUGCCGUCCAGGGACGUGGUGUCGUGGACGGCUGUGAUCACCGCGUUUGCUCAUUGUGGCGAGGGCGAGAAAGCCCUCGAUCUGUUCUUGGCCAUGGCGCUCGAGGGAUGCGAUCCAAAUGAGGUGACAUUCCGGAGCGUCUUGAGCGCCUGCGCCUACAUCGGCUCCGUGGAUCGCAGCAGGGAUUUCUUUCUUCUCGUGACAGGGGACUUUGGGAUCGCGCCGGGCAGGGAUCACUUCGUCUACAUGAUCGAUAUCUUCGGCCGUGGCGGGCAGCUGGAGAAUGCCGAGGAAUUGCUGCGCGCGAUGCCGUUUGCGCCGGAUGCUCUGGGCGGAUUGCGGAUCGAGCGCUGAGGCUAGAUCCUCGCACCGGAUCGACGUAUGUGCUGCUGGCAAAUCUGUCCAAGAGCGUUUUUAAAAUGGGAAUUGGCGGCAUAGUAACUUAGCAGUUCCAAGGUUUGGUUUUGACUCAUUAUUUGCAAGGUUUGCUUUUGUUUUUUAUUGAAAAUCAGCUGUGCUUACGAAA